CAUGGCUUGCUAUGUGACAUGGCCGGUUGGUUGGACCCAGUAGUGGCGACACACUGCUAUAUAAGAGCUGACACACGCAUCCUCCGUGUGCACCUGCUCCAUUCAGGUUUCAGGCAAGCGCGGCUGCAGAUUCCCUCCUCUCAGACGGCGAUGAAUCGUCAGGCGAGCCGCCGAGGCCACCGGGUGCGCCACGUCCGGCUCGGCUCGCUGCUCCGGCUGCGCGUGAGGCUGUUCGGCCUCGCCGCCGUCCUUGUCCGGUGCCUGGAGGAGCUCAACUGCUGCCCCAGGAGGUGGUCGCCGGCGACAGCGAGGGCGCACAAGAUGCUUAGCCACGCCGACCGGUGUCCCCGGCCUGGGACAGCAGAGAGGGAGAACUCCUUCCAGGCAGAGGCCAUUGCCGACUGCUUGGAAUUCAUCAAGAGAUCCUACCUUGCUGAUGAUCACAAGACUGCUUGCUAGCUGCUGAUCUUCUUCGCGCCGUUUGGAACCAAAGAAUUUCCCAAUCUGUGCGGGCUUCAUAUCUUGUGAAAUUUCCAUGAAGUUCCUACGUUCCAAGCAAGGCCAAAAUGUUUAGCUGUUGUAGUUUGUAUAUAUAUAUCAGUUUUGUUAGUUACCACUGUUUGUUGUGUAUCAAGGGUUCGUCCGGAAUAACCAAAUGUGUGUUAGGAGAGCUCAGUUCUUGAAUAAAACAAGAGAUUUUAUAUGGCUA